GUAGAAAUAGUAAAUGCCGUCUUGGUUUUAACUGCAGAUCGAGCGUUCUUGCACUGUUUAUAUUAUAUCAGAUAAGUACUGCGCAAUAUUAUCUAUUAUUAAACAUGACUUGAUCUUGUAGAACAUUCGAGUUCGUGUGAUGCGGUGGGGUGAUAUUUCAUCAUAUGGUACACCAAUAGCCUACUGGGUCAUAUAGGAGUGCCACCGACAUGUCUGGUUCAGGCACUUGUAAACAAUAUAUUCCAGACAUACGCAAAAUUCGUUUCAUGAAUGUAGAUACUAAGAUUGGCCUAUCAUAAUAUUUUCACUGUCAGUAUUACUUAGUUAUAGGCCUUUUGUUUUAUUUAAAAAAAAAAUAAAAAAAUGUUUAUUGUGAAUAGCUGAAAACACGAUUGUUUAAAAAUGAAUGCUGUGACUGUAGGCCUAAUGUUUGCGGUUUUCAUUUGUUUAAGUAUUUCACAGACAUUUUCGAUUUCACCGUGCAAACAAGGAUUUUAUUACAAUUCACGAGCGAGAAAAUGUGAUGACUGUGCUAAUGUAUGCUAUCAUCCUGCAGACCAAUACCAGCUAGACGAGUGUAACACAUAUUGUCCAGAUUACCUAAGAAAGAGCACAGCGACUGACAGUGCCGAGACGACCUGUCCCCAGGGUUAUUACUUCGAUCCACACGUGGGAAUACGAGGAAAGUGUGAGCCAUGCUCAGUAUUAUGCCACAGACACGUAAUAACCAGAAAUACAAAAGAUUGCAAAACCAAAUGUGCAGGUUUUCUGGAGCAGGGUGUUGGCAAGACUUCAAAGACGAGAACUGACUGCCCCAAGGGUUUCUACUUCGAUCCCCAUGUUGGCGUGAAAGGGAAGUGUGAACCAUGUUCUGUUUUGUGUUAUGCACACAAGGUUACCAGAAAUACAGAAGAUUGCAAAUCCAAGUGCCCAGAUGAAUACGCUUCUAAGGAGGCUGGAGCCAAUCAGACUGGUGAUCCUGUGAAUGCUACAGAACAAGCCGGCGCCUCGGGUAGCAGUGGAGAGGAUUCAAAGAAGGGGAAGGAAUCGAGACAAUUAGGCAAAGCAGGUGUAGCUAGUGGAGACAAAACAGAAGGGAAUAAUAAUGUUUUGAUCAUAGCUAUAGCGUGUGUGGUGGGUGUAAUUGGUGUCAUCUGUAUUGUAGGCAGACUUGUAUUUUUUCGUUUUCAAAUUCAAGACGGUAAAACUCAAGAAGAUAUGGAAUGGAAGGAAGGAGCCUGUCAAAGACGAGGAAAACAAUGCACAAACUGGAAAACUUCUUGGCGGUCCACCUGUGCAAGAGUGCAUGACCAAACGUGAAACAACUGAAACAACUGAACUCGUUCAGUCAGAUGACACCCAAGUGAAAAUGGCCCAUGGCGAAGUGCGCGAAUCCUACAAAUAUUCCUAUCUUCAUCCAUCACAAAGUUAGCACAAGACCAGGCAUCAAAACAAGCAUCUUGCCUGGUAUCCCACAUACAGGUCACCAUACAUUACGAGCCUGGUAGCCCAUACAGGUCACCAUACAUUACGAGCCUGGUAGCCCACAUACAGGUCACCAUACAUUACGAGCCUGGUAUCCCACAUACAGGUCACCAUACAUUACGAGCCUGGUAGCCCACAUACAGGUCACCAUACAUUAUGAGCCUGGUAUCCCACAUACAGAGCCUGGUAUCCCACAUACAGGUCACCAUACAUUACGAGCCUGGUAUCCCAUACAGGUCACCAUACAUUACGAGCCUGGU